CGGACGGCCGCCAUCUUCACGUUUGAAUGGGCGGCGGUUCGUCGAGAUGUUGAAGCGAGUGCGUUCGGCUGUGUGGCGGUUUUUGCUAGGUAGCCCAGAGACCCGGGAACCCGAUCGAAAGGCCGGGGGAGAACCUGAAACUGAUUCAAGAGUCGGUAGCGGAGACGUGGGCCGUGCCGGCAGGAAGAGGCCGCGGCUGAGUACACAGAGCUCAGAGGAACAGGAUGGAAGACCAUGGAAGCGACUUAAAGUGGGUGAGCUGGUGGAGGCAAUGAAGAACAGGGCAUCGGAGGCCUGGAACACCCCUAGCCUGGUGCUGAGGUGGCUGAAGAGUGGGAGUCCCUCACCGAGGGACUUGCCUGCCCCGUCCAACCCCCCUUCCUCUUCAUCUGGCGCUCCUCACCACAGGUCCCGGCGUGCACUCGCCCCCACCCAGAUCUUCUCAAGCUCGCUGGGUGAUCCCUGUAUCUGCCAGUCCAGAGAACCAGCUUGGAUCCCUCUGGUCAGACCAGACUGCUGCCAGCAGCUGCCCAGGGAGGAGGCAAUGUUUGGUUACAGGGACGAGUUGGAACUGAUGAACAGGCUCCCCCACAGCACUUGGGACCCACACCCGGUGAACAGACACUCGAAGAAUCGGCUGGCAUUGCCCAGAACUCCCAGCCCCUCCCAUGAGCCUGGACUGUCCCAGUUCGUGCCUAUGUACACCAAGACCUUCAGCAGUCGGGGAGUCCCGGAGAGACCAGCAAGCGGGAGCCAUGCACGGACCAGUAGGAAGUUCUUCAGUACAGUUGAGGAGAGUAUUCGCCAGGAGGAGAAGGAAAUCUACAGGCAGCUGCUGGAAAUGGUGGCCUCUCAGCACACCAGCAAGUUGCGGACCAUGCCCUUCUCCAGCCCACUGUCCCACCGCGGGCUACCAGGGUUCCAGAGUCCCAGGGAGCGAGGCUCUCCGAAGGUGCCAAUUUUGGAGGAGAGUCACGGGGCAAGGGAGUGCCUCGCUGCUCAGCUUGCGCCUUGUCGUUUGUCAUGGGCUGAGCCCCCCUCUGGAAGCCCAGACGUGUCUGAGACCCGUUUCAGUGCCAGCCCAGUGGUGGUGGAGGAGACCCCUGCAACAGACACCAUGUCCACAGGUUCGGAUACUGAGUCUGUGAUUGUAGUGAAGGUGAAGGAAGCUCCGAAGCGCGAGAGUGAGAGGAUGCCGAAGUUUGAUGCUGUGCUUUGGAUUCGGGAACUUACCAGUAUGUACGAUUCCCGAGCCAGGGAAAGACGGAGACGCAUCGAGGAGCAGGAAGCCCUGGCAGAUCGCCUCCGACAGCAGAGGUUGCAGGAGAGUGAGAUACUCACAGCCAGGUCUCCUAGUCAGCUCCGACUGACCGUGCCUCUGGUGGAGGAGGUGCCAAUUGCCGAUAUAUCUCACCGGGAGCUGGAGGGCGAGGAACGUGUAGUCAGGGCAGAAGAGGAGCAGCAGGAGGAGGAGGAGGAGGAGCAGCUUCCACAGCUCACAGAGGAGAUGCAGGAGGAGGUUGACCGAGCUUUCCAGCCAGGGAAUGCUGAUGAGGUACUGAGUGAAGCCUUCCGUCUCACCAUCACCCGCAAGGACAUACAGACUCUCAACCACCUCAACUGGCUCAACGACGAGGUGAUUAACUUCUACAUGAACCUGUUGGUGGAACGCAGCCUCUCACCCUCACUGCCCUCGCUCCACGCCUUCAACACCUUCUUCUUCCCCAAGCUGAAGAGUGAUGGUUACACCGCUGUGAAGCGCUGGACCAAGAGGGUCAACAUCUUCGCCAUGGAUGUGCUGCUGAUCCCAGUUCACCUAGGCGUGCACUGGUGCCUGGCUGUGGUGGACUUCAGGAAGAAGAACAUUUUCUACUACGAUUCCAUGGGAGGGAGCAACGAUGAGGCCUGCAGACUAUUGCUUCGUUACCUGAAGGAGGAGAGUCUGGAUAAGAGGAAGGUGGAGUUCGACGUCAGUGGUUGGGUCCUGGGCAGUAAACGCAGCCAGGACAUCCCCCAGCAAAUGAACGGGAGUGACUGUGGGAUGUUCACCUGUAAAUAUGCCGAUUACAUCAGCAGAGACCGACCAAUCCGCUUCUCACAGAAGGACAUGCCAUUCUUCAGACAGCUGAUGGCUUGGGAAAUCAUUCACCAGAAACUGCUCUGACACUGGGAGGCUGACCUUCAACCCAUAACUUAUGGCCGAGGCUGACCAAUCUGACCUCAAGUUAGAAGAUGGGAUUCUACGAUCAGGGAUGGGUUGUGGAGGAACCACGCCCAGCUCAGACCACCAGCCCUUCAGCCCUCCAGCAUCGGGUACCUCUGUGGGAUGGCAGGAAGGAUCCUGCCAGCAGCCCUCCUUUCCGGAGGGAGGACGUACCCUGUUCUGUGUUCCAGCCCUCUGAGGGGAGGGAGUAGGAGGCAUGAGAGGUCUAGACAAAUCCCUUGAACAGUGUCAGCAGUCUUCCCUCUUGGCAUCAACUCCUAAGUCCUCUCCUCACACUCCAUUCACAUUUUCUCUUCUCCCUGCAUCCUUUUCCCCCACUUCUUCCCCCACUCCAUCAGCUACCACUGUCUAGAACCCUUCUCUCUCUGACCCCCUCCAUUGCCACCUCUCUCUCUCACCCCCCCCAUAGUCUGAUCUACCCACCCUUUCCUCAGCAGAGACAGCAGCUUAAUGUGGCCUUAAUCCUGCUUCUAUCCACCCAAACCCUGCCAGUUGCUGGUGAGGCAGCAGAGCCUAUGGGACUCAUGGUUCAAAGUGGGGGGUCGUGGAGGUGGUGAGUGAACUCCUGCACACAGUGGGGAAUCCUUUAUUACUCCAGCUGCCGUCUUCGCAACUGCCAGCGACAGGUCCAUACAUCUCGCCCCAACACUUCCGAAUUGCUUGGCUAUGCAAGCCCCUAUCAUUUUCUAAACAGAUAGACCUCUAGAUUUUUUUUUCUAAUUGAUUGGUAGAUUUUUGUGAUACGUCUUUUGUACAGAUCUUCUCUAUUUUUUUGGGGAGUGUGACACCACGUCUCACAACCCUGGACACAAAUAAAAUCAGACAUGUUUUUGCAUCUAAUGUCUCCCUGCUCAUUCUUUAACUUUUCCAAGAGUUGUACAGGCUGGGAAUUCCACAGAGUUAUUCAUUUCCUCAUACCAAAAUUCAAGAUCUCUCUGCUCUUUGCAUGUCAGGAGUGUGAUGGAACACUCCCCACUUGCCCAGGUGGAGUUAGUCCAUGCGCUCCGCAUCCGCCACAUUACCUCUCAAACCAUCUACAGGUCAGCAGAGUGAUGGAACACUCCCCAUUUGUCUGGGUGGAGUUAGUCCACACACUCCAUAUCCACCACAUUACCUCUCCACCGUCUACAGGUCAGGAACGUGAUGGAACACUCCCCACUUGCCUGGAUGGAGUUAGCCCAUGUACUCCACAUCCACCACAUUACCGCUCCACUGUCUACAGGUCAGGAGUGUGAUGGAACACUCCCCACUUGCCUGGGUGGAGUUAAUAUAUCUUUCCAGCAUCUACAGCUCAAGAGGUUGAUGGUAUACCCUCCAUUUCCCUAGGGUUAGUGCAUCUUCAAAGAGAUCGACAUGAUCUCGAAAAAUCAGCUCACUCAAACCUUCCUUCUGCCUCAGCCCCAAAGUCUCCUUUUUCCACUACUGGCACCCUGGGGCAGCCAUAUGUUUGCAAUCACAGUUCGAUACACUGUUUGUCUUUUCUGGAGGUGGGUGCUGUGUGUGUGUUUCGUGUUCUGAUGGCGCCAGUUUUAUUGGUAUUGGUUCAUUCUUUUACAGAUCAGAUCUUUACACAGUGUAUUGAGGUAGAACAAGGUAAAACAAUAACAGAAUGCAGAAUAAAGUAUAACAGUUACAGAGAAUGUCUGCCUGCACUGCACUAUCAGGUACAAUGUCAUAACGAGGUC